UAGAAUAUAAAUUUUUUAUAAUAAUCAUGUUACUAUAAAAAAAAAUGAUAUACGACGUUUCAUUCGACUCUUUGGCGACCAAACAAAUUAGUUUAUAAAUCCAUCCAUUGUUUUACGGCCAUCAAAAUUUCUGUUAUCAUGGCGUUUCGUCUUGGGCACCAAAUUUCUCGUAAUCUGAAUAAAAAUCUAAUUUUCCAAAAUUCAAGUGCUUCAAAUGCUCGUCGAUAUAGAUCUUUAUCGCGCGGAAAUGAUUGUGAAGUAGAAAAAGUGGAAGAUGCGUUGCCGACAGGAACAGAAACUACUCAAAGGAAAUGUUUAAGAGCACGUUCGCAUACGAAGUUCAGUACACCUAUUGCAUCAACACGUAGGGAGCUUAGUACCUCGUCGUCUUCUGAAUCGCCGCAGCAGUCGGCACACGAAGUGGAACCAAUACCAUCAACCAUGUCAUCGUUGAAAAAUAACAGAAAGCAGUCUGGUAACUAUUCGUUACAGCCAAAACAUUUGCCGCCGAUGGCGACAUCCUCCAUUCACUUCGAUAAACAAUUUAUACCAGCGGUACAACAACAAUAUGAUAAUCGCUUAGAUGAAGUACAGAGACAAGCAUCUGUUAAAUACGAACAAGCUAUUAAGACUUUCAAUGUCAUCAGCUCUCGAACAGCUGCAGCCCAACCUAAAAAUGUUGGAUACCGUUACGAAUUGGACGCUGCAAAGCCGAAAGUGGAAAAAGGUACGCACCCUUACAAUAUAAUUGCAGCCAUUAAAAGUAGGGAGCAGAGUAUUGCCGCACAAGUGCCUCAAUUGCAACCAAAAAAUAUGAAACCUUACGGCGAUGUUUUGGGUAAACAGUGGUGUACGCCACUUGCGGAACGCAUUAAACAUAAGCCGUUAUCCAUGUCACAUUUGAACGAUGCUAUUAUUAGAUCUCCAUAUCAACAUUCGCCAUCGAUCGAUGCCGUACCUACGAGCGAACAUGUAGCAUUUAGUGAAAGCAAUCAACGUUCGUCUGUAGAGUAUGCACCAGGUGGUACUCAGUUUACUUCUCAACCCAUAAAUUCCUCUCAAUAUCCCGCCUUCUCUCGUAGUGGUAUAUCAUCCUCAAAGCAAAUAGAACAAUGCACGCGAAAAACAUAUUCUACAAUACAAAAAGCGAAUAUGUCUGGAUAUUGUUCGGAUUCUGAACCAACAUUAUUAUUACCUGGAAAAGUCGGAAAUACGGACAUAGACACCAAAAAUACUAAUGAAUCAACCUCGCUGCAGUUGUAUCGAGCAACGGAAAAACCCGUUGAGAAUAACAUUGCGCCAAAAAAGCGAGAAAUGAUCAGUACGUUAAUGGAAGAAAAACGGAAUUUUACAAGUCAAAAAUAUAACUUGAAGAACAAUGAAUCUCUUAAAAAUGUUAUGUCGAAAAAUCAGCCUUCAAUGGGAAGUGCAUUGCUAGAACGUAUCAAAAAAAUUUCAAAAGAAAAUUUAUUUGCUGUACGAAAUGCAAUGAACUCGUCGAUAAACGCAAAUGAGGUAUUGGACAAUACCCCCCCGCAGAAUGAUAAACAAAUUCGAGAAACAGAACCGAUUAAGGUCACAGUAGGACCUAGAUUAAAAUUACAAUCAACUGUAUCAUGGACAUUAGAAGAAUAUUCAGAACGUGAAAAGUCUUUAAUUCCACAAAGUGGUGAAAAGUUUACAGUGCCGUGGUUGUCGUGGGGUGAUAGGGUUAAGAUGCAAAAAGAAGAAGAAGGGAAGAAUGCGAAUACAGUUAAUCUUAAUUUAAUUCCAAAAUCAAUAGCAUCAUCAGCAGUGAAGGAUAAAUCACGAUCAGUUAAUGAAAGGCAGACGCGAAGGUUUUCAACUUUUCGAUUUCUUGAAAAGGAGGUAGAAAUGGAGAAGAUAUUGGCGCAUCCCGUACAUAAAGAUUUUAUAAUAGGAAUAGAUUUGCCGGAAAAUAAACAUCUUUUAACAAAAAAUACUAUCCCUUACGUAAAUGUUCGUUCUUAUGGUACCGGGUACGGCUCCGGGACCAGUACCGGUUUACCGGAUGACUGUUUGUGCGAUCCACCGCCGAGAAAAAUACCGCCAGAAUCUGUAGCAUAUUGUCACAUAGAAAAGUUUCCAAAAACCCACGUUAAUCCCGAUUGUAAGAAAAAAUGCCAAUCGGAAUAUACAGUAAUGGUAAAAUUACGUAGACUUCCUAAAAUUCAUAUUCCCGAUCCGUGUCGUGAUUGUCCAGAACCUUGUGAUGAUGCAGUACGGGCCGAUGGUUGUAUAAAAGUUCCACGGAAAUGUCUUCCAAAACUUAUUCCUAAGCCUUGUCCACCAAUUCCUCCGCCAUGUAUGACAGAUGUUCCUUUGAGGCGUUUACAACCACGUCCCGUUAUACCAUUUAGACCCUGUCCUCCACCUCCAUGCAUUGAUCCUAGGGCUGAUGAUGGAUUGAAACCGGUGCGUAAGACUCUUCCAAAAUUAGUACCGAAAAUGUGUGGCCGAUGCGAAGAAAUUAUUAUGACAUCACCACCGUUGGUUCGAUUAAUACCUAGGGACGUUUAUCCUCCACCGCCCUGUAAACCCCCUAUGUGCCCAGAACCGCCUAUUACACGAGCAGACGAAGGUAUGCGAGUGUGUCCUAAGCAACUUCCAAAGCUUAUUGCUCCUACUUGUCCCAGAAUUUGUCCUGAAGAACUCGUAGACAGCCCGCCAUUAAAACGCUUAAAAUGUGCUUGCGUGUACACAGAAAGGAUAUGUCCUUGUGUACCAACAUAUAGAAAUCCUUGCUGCCCACCACCAUCAAGGUCUGACGAUCUUUGUGGUUAUAAAGUACCUAAGAAGCACCUACCCACUAUGCUAUUGCCUGAACGUUAUAAUGAAGUAUCAACGUCAGAAUUUAAUCGUAUGAAAAGUAGACAUUAUUGUACACACUCUAAAGACACCAUGUGCUGUUGUGCUAACAAGAAAAUCCGGUUAGUUGUAGAAGAUUUUAAAAAUAGUCAAUUUGGCGAAGAAAAAAAAUUGGCUACAGUUGAAUGUGAACGUCAAGAACAACCAGAUAAUUCUCAAAAUGCAACUGUGCAGCUGAUUAGAAAACCCAUUGGUGAUGUGAAAAGGAGUACCAUCAUACCAAUCCAUUUAUUAAAAGAGGGAUAUACCGCAAACGUUGAACAUCCUGAAGCUACCACUCGUCCUCAUGCCGCUAGCGGAAAAGAUUUUGCUUCCAGAAAUAUAUCUUUAUUAAUACCUAUCGAUUGCCAAGUACCACCACACCCAUUUAUCGAUAAUUCGCCACCGAUUAAAGCUGAUUCUAGUUUAGAUGUUACUAAAAGUAUAUUGUCUAUGAGGAAACCAAGCUUAGUUUCUAUUGCACCCGAUUCCCCAAGAAGACAAUUUAGUACCAUGUUACCAAAUUUUAUUUUUCUCAAGAACAUUAUAAAACCUGACUACGAUAAGAAAUAUAUAGAACGUUGUGAAGCGGAGAAAAAACUUUGUAAACCCCGACCUCCAAAUCCGUGUGGAAAACAAAAAACUCCUUAUCCAUCGUUCUCCGAAUGCAAGGACGAUGAUCCGUACAAAAGUAUAGUGGAGAUUGCACCGGACAUCAAACAUUUGCAGCCUAAAAAUCCUGUAAUUGGAAAAUUUUGUGUAAUUACACCUCCGAUCCAGAGAAGAAUAGAUCCGAGGAUAGAAGAAGACUGUGUGAUUAGAAAACUCAAUUUAAAAAUAGACAAUUAUGGUACAACAACUUGCGAUGACUUUGGCAAGCCUUACGUUUCGUUACGAGCAAAAAAUCUUAUUCCUGCCGCUAUGAAGCAAGCAACAAUAGAACACUGUGAAGCUUGUAAUAAAGGUCCAAGAGUAUCGCGUGGAAAGGGUUGCCCAGUAAUAGACAGUAGCAGCUGCGUUCCUGAUGAAUUACAUUGCCGUUUGAUGGCUAGAACACCUUCUAUGUCAUGUGGUUGCGUGGAACCAGAACACAUACCAUGCGGAGAAGGUAAUCUCGUUUGCAAGGGAACUAUUAAAGAUUGCACACCGAUACCGAAGAAACCACCCCCUCGGCCAUGUAAAGCUUAUUGCCCCAACCCAAGUCCUCCAACACUAACUGCUUGUAAAAAGAAAUGGAUGUGUAAGGAUCCACCACCAGAUGAAAACAAAGGUACCUAUAGAAGAAUGGGAACUUCAGCUAGAGUAAACAGGACACUGAAACGAGGAAUAAAUCGUACUGCUGGUGAACAGAUUAGAAGUGUUACCAUGUGCGGCGGUUUCGGUGGACGACAAAGAAAAGAUAGUGAUGAUGAUAUUAAGAAGAGACGUUGUUGCAAAAAACCGAAAAAAGGUUGUGGUAAACCAACAAUAAAGGAAACAAAACCGUGCGGAUCGUCUGGAAAGUGUCAGAAAAUAAAAGUACCAUGUCCAGAAGAAAAACCAUGCCAAAAAUCAACGAAACCACCGUGUGCACAACCAAAAAGUGCGUGUGAAAAACCAAAGAGUGCGUGUGAAAAGCCAAAGAGUACAUGUGGAAAGCCAAAGAGUUCAUGUCCACAACCGAAAAAAACAUGUGCAAAACCGAAGAAGACAUGUGCAAAACCGAAGAAGACAUGUGCAAAACCGAAGAAGACAUGUGCUGCAAAACCACCAUGUCCAUCUCCAAAGAAAACUUGUUCAUCGAAACCACCUUGUCGACAACCAAAGAAAACGUGUUCAUCAAAUAAAGUUCAAGCUAUAAAAUGCAAAGGCGGAAGUUGUAAAAAAGUUGCGAAACCACCUUGCCAACCUAAGCCAAAAUGUGAUCCAAAGCCAGCUCCAGUAGUUUCGCCAUCUUGUCCGAAGAAAGGCCUCUGGGAAAAAAUUGUUCAAUAUUUCCGUGCUAGACCAUGUUGUCCAGCACCAGAUCAGUGGAAGAAAGAUAAACUAAAAAGAGACGCUGAAAUAGCAGCAGCUGCUGCGGGAUUUGAUUUAUGCCCGAAAAAGUUUGUCUGUGCUAAAAAGGAAGAGAAAAAACCAUGCGGAAAGAAACCUUGUCCGUUUCCAUCUCCACCUAAAGGUGGUUGUGGUGCAAAAGCAUCACCCUGUGCCAAGAAAAAAUCUUGCGCUCCUCCGAAACCGCCUUGCCCUCCACCGAAACCGCCUUGCCCUCCUCCGAAACCGUCUUGUGGUCCUCCUAAAAAAACAUGUUCUGCUCCAAAAAAAACGUGUGGUGCUCCAAAAAAAACGUGUGGUGCUCCAAAAAAAUCUUGUGAUGCUCCAAAAAAAUCUUGUGGAAAGAAAGCGGUGAAGUGUGGAUCAUGUUCGUAUUCAAAAGGAUCAAUUGUCAAAAUGGAAUCUUGUCGAAAAUCUUCAUCUGCUGCGAAUUAUUUAAUUUUCGAUUCCGGUGAAGAUAUUAGAAAAGAUUUGUUAAUUAAAAAAUGGACGAAAUCAUGUAAUACUAGACAAAGUUUUAGUACACCUUCUGAUAGCUACAACAAAUUGUUUUUACCACAAAGUGUAUACAAAUCACCUAAAUUAAAAUAUUGUACAACACCUGUUAAAAUACCUCACAAAUCUUUUAAGGAACAUUAUGAACAAAGUUGUGUAUUUCCAACAUACAAAGGACUUAAUUUAACUUGUAUUCAUAAAACAAAACGGGAUAGAAAAAACAUUCAACCUUACAGCACCUAUUCUCGUGAGAAUAUGUUAAAAAUUGUAAUAGCAUCACCAGCGACGUGCGGAAAAUUAAAUAUUCAACAAUGCAAAGCGCAAAAAUCACCGUCUUUUGUACCAAAACGAGGCUAUAGAAUGAUUGCAUCAAAUAAAGGCUGGCAAAAUGUAUUUUCUUCACAUCUUACCCCAAAGAAAUUGACGGGUAAAUCGAAUAUCUUAAAUAAACGAAUUAAGACAGUGGAGCUACAGGAAAGUAAUGAAAUAAGAAAUAGAGAAAAUGAAAUAUUAUCAAACGGUUGUAACGAUUGUACUGCGGUUGCCACACCUUCUGGUAUUAGUUCAAUGCAGAAAAUAUAUGAAAGCAUAAGAGGUUUCUUCUGCUUGACGCAAAACUCUACUCCUGCUUUUGCCAUAAAUAAUUUGUUGGGUAGGUACAAUGGACUGCCAAACGAGAGUAAAACCUUUGGGUCUGCCGAAUCGAGACCGUCUGCCCUCUCCCAGAGAACAUCAAAAGAUUUAAGUGCAAUCACACCAGAAUAUCUUGGCCCGUUUUCAAGACCGAAUAAACCAAACAUUCAUUACAGAACUUACGCAACUCAAAGUUUACGAGUCUAUACAACCGGGAGCAGCAGUAUAUUUAAAAAAAUUAAAGAAAACAGAAAACGCUGUGCACCGGUUAGAUAUCACAACGAUGAUUCUGAUUCGAAAGAAUGUCCCAAAUUUGGAAAGUGUAGUAUAAAAAAGCCGCCAUGUUGUGGUCCCAAUCCACGUGGUUUUGAUUGCUCAAUUAAAGCACCAUACCCGCCAUGUACAGCGCAACAAGCACCUUAUCCAAGUUUCUCAGAAUGUCAGAAAGAAUGUUGCAAGAGACCAAGAAACGAAUGCACUGAGCAAGAUCGAAUUUUCGAAAGACAGAAGCAAACCGGUCAAUUAGAUAUAUGUAAUAUUUUAAAAACGCCACCUAGAGACUUCAGACAUGGUGCGCCGAAAAAAGACGAUCCUGGUUGUAAGGGAGCUGCUUCUUGUAAGGAGUAUAGUACUUUAGCGUUAGCACAUCAAGCUAAGAUUUUCAAUAAUAUUCUUCCACCACCUACAAAAACUGAUUCGUCUGUUAAACGUAAUAAUAGCAGUCAAUUAACUAAGGUGUCGAGCUCAACAAAAGCAACCCUUGUUGGUUCAAAUGAUCACAAAUUGCAGCGCAUUGCUUAUUCAGUAUUCUCUUCAGACCUUCAAAAGCUUUCAGAUAAAGAAUUCAAAAAUUUCUUUCUCUCUGCAAGCUUUCUGGCACCUCCUAAAACUUAUUCAGAAACAAACUGUGACGAUACUACAUCGUAUCUCGCAGACGCUGUGAGAAGAUAUUGCAGCACGUUGACUUUACCACAAUUGGUAAAUAUAACAAAGAAAUCGUGUGGAAAUAACGCUUCGAUUCGUUUCUCUGAUAGCAUCCUCGGGCAUAAAAAUAUUAGAUCGUAUUCAACGCUUUCCCAAACGCGUAUGUACAGUACUGAUAAUAAUUGUGCAAAAGAACCAUGCAAAAUUGACCCCGAAGGUUGUUGUUUACCAAAAGCAAGAGAAUCGUGCAAUAUUAAGGCUCCGUAUCCUCCAUGUGCAAGUAUCGAAGCUCCUUAUCCAAGUUUUUCCGAUUGCAACAAGGGAUUUCCUCGACUUCCAAUUUGCGAGUGUUCUGAACAAGAAAAAGUUUUCAUUAAAAUGAAAAACUCUGGAAUGUUCGACAUGUCGCCUAAAAAGAGAAAUAAUAAUAAUAAUUGUGGUUUGAAAUUGCGAAAAUGCGAACCACCUCAUAAAAUACCAUGUGAUAGGGAAUUCUCAACGUGUGUGGAUAAAUUCUUUGCUGACCCAAAUGAUGAAAUCGAAUUUGAUACCGAAUCAUGUUUAUCUAAAGAAGAAACUGAGAAAACAGAUUAUAAACCUGAAAUAGUGCCAAGAAUAUGUGAUGUAUCAAUGACGGGAAAAAGUAUUUUUCCCCGAUGUUUUCAACAUUCAGGAAUAUUAAGUAGCAGUUCUCAGGCCAAUCUUUGUCAAGUAUCGUAUAGACAUUUUUCGAGUAAUAAAAAUCCGAAAUACAAUAAAUAUGCUUUAAAAAGAGAUGAUGUUGAAACUUGCGAUUCGAGUUCUCGCCAUCCAUGUUCUCCGGUUAGCACGCCAUACAGCUGUUAUUCUGAUCAUCAAAAAGAGUUAACUAAACCAAUCAAUCAAAGUGCCGAACGAGAUAGAAUAUUUGAACGUUUAAGAUCUAACGGUGCUUAUGACAUGAAAAAUCUGCAAAAAGCCAAAAAGCAUGCGACAUUUACCAAUCCAAAAAUAAAGUUCGACACAAACGCUCAAAGACGUAUGUUUUCGAGUUAUUCUAAAAAUUGGGGCCACUCGCAACCAUCGUUUUUCAAUGAAACGACAGAUGAUGCUAUAAGAGAUUUAGAAGGAGAAGAAUUAGCGAAAAAAGUACUAACAACUGUAGAAGAUGGAAUGGAUGCUAUAGCUUUAUCGGCUAAUGAAGUUGAAGCCCAAGAAGCUUAUUAUCAAAUGUAUGAGAAUCUAGUAAAACUGUGUCAACAAGAAGAAGUUUCUAAGAAGACACCUAGCAUUUCUAACAUUAAAAGUAAUAAUAUUGAACCAAUAUUUAGUCGAGAUGUAUUUUUUGAUAAAUGUUUAAAUAAUAAUGCUGCUCAGAAACAAAUGACCAGUGAUGCGAUUAAAAAUAUCUUCACUUCACCUUUUCCUAAUCCUACUACGUCAACUACGAUAUAUGAAGAAACAGAAAAGAAUAAAACUGAGAGUCUUCAGAAAGAAUUAGACAAACUAUUGGACCACUAUAAGACCCAAAAAAUGUAACAAGACACUUUAUCUCAAGCCGAACAAUGAAAACAGUCUGGUAAACUUUAUCAACAAGAAAAAAUUUCUGCCUAUACUACUACUGUAUCAGCCAAAUCAUACUUACCAAUAAAAUAUACAACCGCCCUGACUCGGAAAUCAUA